AGGGAGCAUGCGGGGAGCGCGAGAGAAGAACGCUGCCAUGCAAACCAUCGCUUGACAGCGUCUUUUUUUUUCUUUUCUUUUUUUUACUUCCACCUGCGUUCGUUGCAUAAGGAUUGUGCAUUUCAUCUGCCAGGUCAUUGAAAUCGCCCAUCUUAUUUCGAUGCCCGAGUGCGAUGCAUCUUUCUUUAACAGACGGAGUCGCGUGAAGGAUGCUGCACACGGAGAAUCUCGUUGUUUGACAUGCACUGACAUUUAAAAUGAGCCAUCUGAACCGUGCACGUCUCGUGCAUUUCGACUCAUGAGUGCACACGCAUGCUUUUAAUCUGAGCAUAAUCUCCGUAGGCUGCUCUGACACAUUUCUAAACGUUUGUAAUGGGGGUCAGCACAAGACCCCGAGGCGGUGGGAUUUGAUUGCAAGCUCUAUUACGUGUUUUACUUAUAUAUCAUAUAUACUUGCAUCAUCAGAUAGGCGCGUUGAUCAGCAGCAGUUAAGCUUGGUGAAACUGCGGCGCGCGCGGGUUGUGUGUGGUGCUGAACGGACAGCUCCCUCCACAGCGGAUCAUAUGGAUCAAUACUAGGGGUCUGACAGUGUCGCUCUCGGGCUUUAAUGGCUGUGGCACGCAAGAUCAAAACUCUGCUGACGGUCAACAUUCUGGUGUUCGUCGGGAUCAUCUUGUUCUCGGUCUACUGCAGGAUCCAGGACCGAUCCGAAGAGCUCGUGCAGAUCGGGAGGCUGUCGGAUCAGAGACUGCGAGGCAGGAAUGCCAAAGUUACGAACUCCUUGGACAGACAGUCCAUUCUCAAACGGCUCGAGCGACUGGAAGAUGUGGUGUAUAAUCAGUUAAAUGGUCUAGCCAAACCCAUGGGACUGGUGGAGGGACCUGGAGGUCUAGGACAGGGUGGUGCAGCUGCUACGCUGGGGGAGGACAGCCGAGAGAGCGAAGGGAGGUACGAGGAGUACGGCUACAAUGCUCAACUGAGUGACCGCAUCUCCUUGGACAGGAACAUUCCGGACUACAGGCCCAAAAAGUGUAAGCAGUUGACCUACCCCGAUGACCUUCCCCAGAUCUCCGUGGUCUUCAUCUUUGUGAACGAAGCUCUAUCUGUCAUCCUGCGUUCUGUUCACAGCGUGGUCAACCACACCCCGGCACACCUGCUCAAAGAAAUCAUACUGGUGGAUGACAACAGUGACAGCGUGGAGCUGAAGUUCAAUCUGGAUCAUUACGUGAAUAAGCGAUAUCCUGGCCUGGUCAAGAUCGUGAGGAACAGUAAGAGAGAGGGACUCAUUCGGGCCAGGAUUCACGGCUGGAACGCAGCCACUGCUCCUGUUGUGGGCUUCUUUGACGCCCACGUGGAGUUCAACACGGCCUGGGCUGAGCCUAUCCUCACCAGAGUGAAAGAAGAUCACACUAGGAUAAUCCUCCCUGCGAUAGAUAAUAUCAAGUACAACACCUUUGAGGUGCAGCAAUAUGCUAAUGCAGCUCAUGGCUACAACUGGGGACUCUGGUGCAUGUACAUCAUCCCACCGCAGGAUUGGCUGGACAAAGGAGAUGAGACUGCCCCCAUCAGGACACCUGCAAUGAUUGGCUGUUCCUUUGUUGUGGAUCGUGAGUAUUUUGGAGAAAUCGGACUGCUUGACCCAGGCAUGGAGGUCUAUGGAGGAGAGAACAUUGAGCUUGGUAUGAGGGUGUGGCAGUGUGGCGGCAGUAUGGAGGUUCUUCCAUGUGCCAGAGUAGCGCACAUUGAACGCACAAAGAAACCGUACAACAAUGACAUCGACUACUAUGCCAAGAGAAACGCGUUGCGGGCAGCAGAGGUCUGGAUGGAUGAGUUUAAGUCCCACGUCUAUAUGGCCUGGAAUAUCCCCAUGAAUAACCCAGGAGUGGAUUUUGGAGACGUGUCGGAGCGCGUAGCACUGAGGACGAAAAUGAACUGCAGGAGCUUUCGCUGGUACCUUGAGCAUGUCUAUCCCGAGAUGAGAAUUUACAAUAACACCAUCACUUAUGGAGAGGUGCGAAACAGUAAAGCCAGUGGAUACUGCCUUGACCAGGGGUCAGAGGAGGAUGACAGGGCCAUACUUUACCCAUGCCAUGGCAUGUCAUCACAGCUGGCAAGGUACACCACCGAGGGCUUAUUGCAGUUAGGACCCUUGGGGUCGACUACGUUUCUGCCUGACACAAAAUGCCUGGUGGAUGAUGGAAGAGGAAGGACUCCCAGCUUGAAAAAAUGUGAUUCUGUCACCCGGUCCUCCCAGAGGCUGUGGGAUUUUACUCAGAAUGGGCCCAUCAUAAGUCGAGACACGGGACGUUGUCUGGAAGUUGAAAUGUCAAAAGAUGCGAACUUUGGCUUGCGGCUGGUCGUCCAGCGCUGCUCAGGGCAGAAAUGGAUGAUUCGGAACUGGAUAAAACACCCCAGACACUGAGGACCAUCCAACCUCCCUGGGCUGAAGAGCAGCCAUACACAAACCCUGGAGUCUAGGGUUGAGACAGAGGAGAUGAACUCGCGUGCAAGAUACUCUCUUUCAGGGUAAAAUGCUUUUAAUAUAGACGUCCAAAGGUGGAAUAUAAUCUUUGGACGAAUUUACCGUUGAACGAGCAGCUAAAUCAGAAGACCGUCAUCACAGGAGAAUUGCAAGUCUACUGUUCAGACUCCCAGUGUACUGAGGCAUUAUUCUGAUGAGCUGUUAUAGUGAAAUUUCAAGAGGAAAAUUCGAAAGAGUUGCUGAUAAACGGAGAGAGGAAACAAAAGUCUUGAGUUUUACUUCUUAUCAAUUGCCAUAUCAACACUUAUUUCUUCAGGCUAUGAAUUGCUUUGGAUAAUUGAUUAUCCACAUUGAAACUUUAAUCCCAAGUGCUACACAACAACAAAAAAGUAUAGACUUUAAUCUGACACAAUAGUUUCAGCUAUUUUCUCUAUUGAGUAUUUUCUUUCCUUACUUAUUUGCUGAUGCACAACAAAAACCAUGUGUUCACUCAUGAACUCAUGUGCCUUUCUCCAUCUUUAUGCCAUCAGAACAGGGAAUGUUCCUCCCUAAGCAUGUACAAAAUGUUUGAUUUUUAAAUUAAUUAAAUCAUGAAUAUAAUGUUAAGAGGUCUUAUUGUAGAAAAACGUUGUAAAAUACUCAAAACAUGAUAAUUCUGGAAGAUCAAAACAAUAAAAACAAGUUUUCUUUUCUUUUGUACAAUGUUGUAUGAUGCAUUUUAUGUGAAAAUCAGUGCAGUGAAAUGUCAGUUGUUUCAUAUUGUAGUAUAGGUGACAUCACAUCUGGAAGCGGUAAGGCCACAUUCAUACAGCAGCAGAAUAUGGUUGUCAGUCCAGUAUUUAUGUCCUUAAUACGGUUAAAUUCGGUUAAAUAAUACGGAAAAACUGCACCGUGUGAUUGGAACUAGUUGCCUGUCACAAACAGUGCGAGAGACGCUCUGUGCGCUGCACAAAUGCGUGUCUACAAUGUGUCAUGUGUUUUCAUGUGUGGUUUCUGUAACUUACAGCAACAGAGAUAUGAGCCGUGUGUCAUCUGAAGGUUGUAAAUCCAGUCCAAAGCUGCUCCCGUCAGUUGUGUUCUGCAAUGGAGGACAGGUUCGAAUCCCACUCGGAGCAGGUUGAGUAACAAGUAGGAUCAGUUACAUUUGGUGCCGUGACCCGGAUGGGGGGUGAGUGUUACGCCCUCUGCCCAGAUAUAAAAGCUGCAUAUAUAUAUUCUCGGCUCUCGUGUCAAAAGUGAAAGAUUUUUCAGUUUUAUGGACCUCGCCAUUUUUGCUAUUACUUUGGUCACAGUCGCUAUGGUUACUGGUAAGAGAAUAUAGGCUUGACUACACAGUAUUCGAAAUGCUAUUGUAAGUUGCGGUGUGAAGGGACAUUUGAGAUUACUUACACCUGUAAGUAAAUGUGGUUGUCAAUACCAAAAACUAUACAAGGAUUUGAUUUUAGUACAUGUUUAUGAAAUUUUUGACUUUUCACUGAUAAAUCGAUCAAAGUGAGACCAUAAACGUGUGCUAAAAAGUGAAUUUUGAUUUCCUGUUGAGUUGUUUUGCCUCCUUUGUUUUCUCUAAAAGCUUGGCGAUGUGAAACUAGUUAGAUGACACAGAAAAGGCAACUAAAGUAAAGCCUUUCAUUUACACACACUUUCCCCACAGGAUGUGCAGUCUAAUCAUUACAAACCACACAACACAAAAUCGGAGCGCUGAGCACUUUUCAAAGGGAUCAAUCUCAGCGCGCACAUUCUUUUGUUCCUCUUAAUCAAAUUCAAAAACUCUCGAAAAUAAAUGUUUCUGCUUUACAUUGAUGUAUGCACUCUUUUUUUUCCUUUCUCAUCUGCUGUGAAAGCCACUCGAUUACUUUCCUCUCAGGUAUUUAUUGUAGUCCUGAAAGAGAGCACAAUGUCUGACUACUGCAGAAAGAAGCCAUCCAACUGUAAGCACUUCUUAAAUGACCACCUGUGUGUUCUCUAGGCAUUUUUGUUGUUUUCCAGAGUGUUUAGGGUUGGGAAUCAGAAAAAAAAUGUAUUCAAAUUCUGGAAUCGGAUACCUAAUGUCAGAAAUUGUAUACAUGUAAUAAAAUAAAAAUUUCGAUCCCGCUUAUCAA